GAUUUCAAAUUAAACAGAACAACAGAGUACAAAAAUUACGAUAAACUUAACACCAUGACCUUCCUUUUGCCUGAUGUAUACAAGCUAUGGAAGAAAACACGAUUCCUUGCCUUCGUAAUGUUCCAGUACAUUUUUGUCGGUAUAAUGCAGUAUUGAUAAGCGAACUCCUUGAGUUAUCAGCAAAAUGACGUACUAUUUUAUCCUUCUACUUAUAGCCUUGGAUUUCAAAACGUUAUGCUUUUGUUUGGCUCGUCUAUAUAAAUAUCUGUGAUUGUACAUGUCCAACUGUAACUUUACCCAUACCGUGCCUUGUGAGCUGCGCGAAAAGUAAACAAACCUUACAGGUGACCCCUCAGAAGACCCAAAACAUCGGUGUAGUAUUACACUUCAACUUGUGACCAGAAUACUUCCUUGUCGACAUAUUCACAGUUGACAGUGUUGUUUGGCCUACAAGGAAGCAUUUUAACGCCAUGGCGUCGCCUUUUCCCUGUCUCUUAACGUUCCUCGUGACGUUUGUGUUUCUGUGCUCUGCCCAGUCGGUCUGUAGACCACCGUCCGACGAGAAAAUUGUGUUUAGCCCGGUGGUGAGUUGUCAUUGUGGGAACGAGAACGCACUCAAAGCAGAGUUAGAGCAGGUGAAAAUCGCCAUGGACCAACUCUCACAGAAGAUAGCCGAUUGGCCUAAAGGUAACGCUAACGACACAGAAGCUGCCAAGCCCCAGGACUGUCAGGACAUCCUUGACAACGACGAGACCACGCCCAGCGGCGUGUACAUGGUUUAUCCACGGGACAACCUUGGCGGCUUUCUGGUCUUCUGUGAUAUGGACACGGACGGAGGCGGCUGGACAUUGUUCCAGAAACGCCAAGACGGAACCGUGGACUUCUACCGAGGCUGGGCGGACUACAAGAUCGGCUUCCCUUCCAACCUGAACGGCGAGUUCUGGCUGGGGAAUGACAACUUGUACCGCCUGGCUGUGCAGAAAGUCUACCAGCUCAGGGUGGAUUUGGAGGAUGUAGAGGGAAACACGGCGUAUGCUGCUUACGACACGUUUGCCAUCUCACCUGAAUCACAGAACUACAAGCUCCACAUAGGGACUUAUAGUGGUACUGCAGGAGACAGCCUGGCGUAUCAUAAUGGGCAUCAAUUCAGUACCAAGGACAGGGGCAACGAUGAGCACCCAGGCGCCUGUGCGCCGUUUAUCAGAGGAGCGUGGUGGUACGGCUAUUGUUACAACUCCAACCUGAACGGCCUGUACCACCUGGGUCCCUAUGAGGAGCGCUCAGGCAAUCAAGCAAGCGGCGUCGUCUGGAAGCACUGGAAGGGUACCGGCUAUUCCCUGAAGCGCACGGAGAUGAAAAUCCGACCUGCUCCAUAAAGUCACAUACAUUGUAUUUAAAUGUGUGUGUGUGUGUGUGUGUGUGUGUGUGUGUGUGUGUUGUGUGUGUGUGUGUGUGUUG